AUGACAGCCACAGCUCCGGAAGUUGAGACAAACUAUGACGAGGUCACUGUUGACAACAUCCGCAACAUCGCAAUCAUCGCUCACGUUGACCAUGGCAAGACUACCCUUGUCGACAAGCUUCUUGAAGCCGCGAAGGAGAACAUUGACAACGAAGACGGAGGCGAUCGUGCGAUGGACAGCAUGGACUUGGAGCGCGAGAGAGGGAUCACCAUCAUGUCGAAGGUGACAUCCAUGGCAUGGAACGGCGUUAAGCUGAACAUCGUCGACACCCCUGGCCACGCUGACUUCGGAGGAGAAGUCGAGCGAGUGAUGUCCAUGGUUGACGGAGUCUGUCUUCUCGUCGAUGCCACCGAAGGACCGAUGGCUCAGACGAAGUUUGUGCUGAUGAAGGCGCUUGCCCGCGGUAUCAAGCCGCUGGUGGUCAUCAACAAGGUCGACAGGGACACGUCCAGGGUCGACGAGGUCGAGGGCGAGGUCUUCGACUUGAUGUGCAACUUGGGCGCCACAGAUGAGCAGCUGGACUACACGACUGUGUACGCUUCUGGUAGAAAUGGCUGGGCUACUCUGUCGCACCCUGAUGGACCUCGUGAGAACAUGAACGACCUUCUCGACACCAUCGUCAAGACGGUGCCCAAGCCUUCUGUCUUGGAUCGUCCGAGCUUUUCCAUGGUUGUCACCAUGAUCGAGGGAGACUCCUUCCUUGGAAGGAUCUGCACCGGCAGAGUGAGCUCUGGCGUAGUCAAGGUCGGUGACACUGUCCAGUCACUCUCUGCCGACGGCCAGAAGGUUGACACUGGACGUAUUACCAAGAUUCUUGCAAGGAAGGGAACGGGCAAGGUUCAGUUGAACUCAGCGAAGGCUGGAGACAUUGUACAAGUUGCUGGUCUGCAGAAAGCAACAGUCGCACACACUAUCUGCUCGCCAGAUGUGGAAGAGCCUUUGCCCUCGGUUGCCAUCGAUCCUCCCACCCUCGCCAUGACCUUCUGUCCCAAUGACUCUCCUCUCGCGGGCAAAGACAAGCUUUCAACCAAGCUCACGUCUCAGAUGAUUGGAGAGCGUCUCAGGGCGGAGGCAGAGAACAACAUUGCCAUCCGUGUCGCUCCAUCUGAGGAGAGGUCGGAGGCCUACGACGUUAUGGGACGUGGUGAGCUUCAGCUGGGCAUUCUAGUCGAGAACAUGCGCAGGGAAGGCUUCGAGCUUGGCGUCUGUCCGCCUCAGGUGCUCUACAAGACCGGGCCCAAGGGUGAAAAGCUGGAGCCAAUCGAAGAUGUAGUCGUCGAGGUGGACGAUGAGUUCUCCGGAGCUGUCAUCAACAAGCUCUCCGAGCGAAAAGCCGUUAUGACCGACAUGCGUCCAGCUGCAGAAUCUGGUCGUACUCGUAUCACUCUCGAGUGCCCCACUCGUGGGCUUCUGGGUUAUCGCUCCAUCUUCUUCACCGACACCAGAGGAACUGGAAUCAUGACCAGGGCCUUCAAGGCCUACGAGCCAUACAAGGGUGACUUGGAGAAUAUUCGCAAGGGAGUUUUGGUCUCGAUGAAGACGGGAGUUGCAACUUCCUACUCCCUCGGCAAGCUUCAGCCCCGAGGAGAGAUGUUCAUCAACCCUGGUGUGGAAGUCUACCCAGGGAUGAUCAUUGGGGAGCAUUCACGCGAUAACGAUCUCGAAGUCAACCCAAUCGAGGCCAAGCAGUUGACCAAUAUGCGUGCUGCCGGAGCGGAUGAGAAGAUUCAGCUCACCCCACCCAGAGAUUUCACCCUGGAGGAGAUGAUCCCCUACCUUCAACCCGACGAGAUGGCUGAGGUUACUCCCUCGACUAUCCGCAUGAGGAAACAGAUUUUGGAUCCGAACCUUCGCAAGCGUAAGAAGUAA